GUAAACUUGUGUUCGGUGUAGCGUGUUACUUUCAGUACUGAGCACCACUUAUGCACGAAUAUUAAAACAACUUUUAAUCCGCCUUUCCACUGAACCGUAAAAGUGUUUAUUCACAAAGAAGUAACAGAAUGUGGUGGAUCGGCCUUGCCUUGCUUGUUUACUACAUCUACAUUCGUCUGAGUCGGGGUAUCACUAGAAGUGCAACAUGUCUCAUAGGAAAAACUGCCCUCGUUUCGGGUGCGAAUUCAGGUUUGGGUUACCAAACUGCACUUAAUUUGGCAUCAAGGGGUUGUAAGGUGAUAAUGGCCGACGUAGCAGACAUGGAGGAAUCAAAAAGAAACAUAAUAAAAUACACAAACAACCCGAACAUUACAACAAAAUACAUCGAUAUGUCGUCACUGAAAUCAGUCAGAGAGUUUGCCGCCGAUAUCAAUCAAACCGAGGACAGAUUAGACAUUUUAAUUAACAAUGCUGGAAUCGGCGUUGCGAAAAACAACAGAACUGAAGAUGGUCUUCACCCGGUGAUGCAAAUUAACUACUUUGCGCAUUUCCUCCUCACCCAUUUGCUUCUAGAUCUUCUCAAGAAAUCAGCCCCUAGUCGAAUCGUCUCUACUAGUUCUUGUAUGGCGUUUGUUAACAACCUCACCGUCGACAAUUUGAAUUUUAACGACAAAAAUAAUACGUUUUUGGAAAAAAUUACCAGCUAUAACAAUUCGAAAUUGGCCCUUUUGAUAGCAUCUGAUAUUUUUGCCGAAAAGUUGGAAGGGACAGGUGUCACAUCGAAUAGCAUUCAUCCAGGGUUUGUCUCAACGCCCAUUUUUACUAAUGGUUAUUCUGUUAUUAAUAAUGGAUUGAUAAAGACUGUAAUGCGCUUGUACAACUGGAUUUAUUCCAAGGAUCCUUGGGAAGGCUCUCAAACUCUAGUACAUGUUGCCGUUUCUAAAAAACUAAAAGAUGUAACUGGAAAAUAUUUCUGGGACUGUAAGCCUUAUGUUAAACCCAUGGCGGCUUACAACAAGGAAUACUGUAAGCAGAUUUGGGAAGCUACGGAGAAAUAUGUGGGUCUACGUCCUGAAGAGAAAUUAUAAAAAUAGAUUUUAGUGAAUAAAACAUUACUCAAACUUUUUUGAGUACAGUAGACCUGAAGUUUUCGAGGUAAAUAAUUUUAUUUAAAAUUUCCAUCAUCAUUAGGAGGUUGUACUGUUAAGACAUUAAUAAAAUUCUUUAUUUGUCCUUUU